CAAUUAUCUCCCUGAAGGUUUUAAUUUCAAAGUUUAAACAGAUAAAUACAUAAAAUUAAAUAAAAAGUAUACAACAAAAUUAAACUCGACAUCGAGCUGUUAACAGCUUAAAUGUUUCAUCCUGUAACGAAUAUACUACAACAGCCAAAAUGAUACCGUCGAAUAAAAAUUCAGCGAUUGGGCUCUUAUUUUUGUCGUACUGCAUCUGUUUGGUGAAAUCGAUCGAGUUGACUUUUGAACUCCAGGACAAAGCAAAGGAUUGUUACUACGAAAACAUACUAAAAAAUACUUCCACUACGCUGGAGUACCAAGUUGUCACUGGUGGCCAGUAUGAUGUCGACGUGAUAAUUGAGUCUCCAACCAAAGAAAUUCUAUACAGACAAGUCAAAUCACAAUUUGACAGCCAUACGUUUGUAGCACCAGCUACUGGACCAUAUGCCAUUUGUUUUAGUAAUGAGUUUUCAACAUUUUCGCACAAGCUCGUGUACAUGGACUUACAAGUUGGCGAUGAAGACCCUCUGCCCGGUAUAGGAGAACAAGUGACUGUUAUGACUCAGAUGGAAGCAACGUCACAAGAUAUUCAUGAAUAUUUAAACAAAAUUAUUGACUAUCAGACUCAUCAUAGACUAAAAGAGGCUCAAAGUCGUAAACGUGCUGAAGAUCUGAAUCACCAUGUAGCGUUAUGGUCAGCUACAGAAACUAUUGCAAUAUUGUUAGUAGCCAUUGUGCAAGUAUUUAUGUUAAAACGAUUCUUCACAGAAAAAWCCCCUACGCAAAAUCAAUAUAAGUCAAUGUAUUAAAACUAUUAAGUUGAGAUUAAUUUAUAUUCAUAAUAAAAUAUGAUUUUUAAUUACCAAUAAAAAUGUAU